GAGAGGUGAGAGGACAUGUCUGGUCUUGAGGGAACGGCACGUUUUUGGGAGAGCUUUUCUGUAAAAUGGAGAUUAUAGUAGUUUGAGGAAAAAUAUUUUAGCAAUUUCAGAAUGUCUAUUUUCAUUAUUUUCGAACGAAGAGUCGUAUAUUUCUGCACAGGUUUUACCAAUAAAAUUAUUCAUACGUAUUAUUUCAGCUUCAAAUCAAACUGCUAUGCGCUCUAAUUUUGGUUUUCGUUUUACUUUCGUCGAUCUGCAGAUACACGUAGUAGAGUACGAGUCUAGUCUAUAUGUAUACAGCGAUCAAAUUUGCAAAUUUAAAAUUAUUUCAGUAAUUUGAAAAUUCGCGCGCCUUCGCCAUGUUUGAAAAAAUAUAGCUCUUCUGCUUCUGCGCGCGCACACGUGCGUAUAUAUAUAAGUGUAUCUUUUGCUGACAUUCGUCUCGUGCACGAAUGCAAAAUAGUUUCGUUAUUAUUAAUAUAGAUAUGAUUUAAUACAACAAAAACGAAGAUUCGAGAAGAAAGGUGACAAAGAAAGUGCACUAGGAACCUGAUUUAUAGUGCCAAGACACUUUCCCAGAAGAAAUGGCAAGAAGAGAGCGUGGCUUGUUACGUAUAAUAUUUAAAGAAUUUCUAAGAUCCCUGACACCCAAAAUACCAAAACACACCUGUGUAGGUGAAGAUUAUAUGGGUACCAAGUAUUACGAGGUAGAAAGAAUUAAGACCUCGAUUCAUCACAAACCCAACCGAUAUUUUGUACCAAAAGAAAAAAAUAAUUUUGAGCAAGAGAUACCAGCAGAGUGGGAAGCUUGGUUGAGACAACGUAGGAAAGUGGCACCAACUGAGAAUGAAGUCAUGGAAAAUUAUGAAAUGAUAAUAAUGAAGAGAAAGAAUGCUGCUGAGAUUGAAGCUACUUAUGCUAAAGAAACUAGUAUCCAAGUGUUGAAUCCAGAUGCUAAGCCUGUGAGCCAACAUUCUUCUCUUAACUAUCCAGUUUAUGAUGACUACAAGGAAUUUGGCAGAAAUUAUAAGCCAAAACCAAAAGGCUAAAAAUAUCUUACAUUAUGUACACUAAAAAUCAUGUAAAUAGAUUUUUUUUGCCAACGUAUAUUGAUGUAUAUAAUGAAGAUUACUACUUGUCUUAGUUCUUUUUCUGUUGUAAAUAAAUUAAAACUUUAUAUUUCAAAUAAGAGUUUCAUAAGGGUUUCAUUGAAAAGUAAGUUUUUUAAUAUAAAGUAUUUUAUUUAUUCUUAUAAUAGCAUGUGCAAGAUGUGCAUUCAAGAGAAAUUUCUUUUACAUCUACUCUUGUAGCUAAAAGAUCUCUGGUACAAGCAUCACCCAGGCAACCAUCACAAUUUAUUCAUCUAUAAAUUAUAUACCCAUUACAAACUUAAUAAAGCUUCUAUCCAGUAUCUAUGCGUUUUCACUUUACAUAAAUGAAUCAAAAUUAUUAUGUAUACAUAUUAUCUUAUAUGAAAACAAAAGCUUCUAUCUUUUGUCAUCAGUUUCUUACUAGAGUCAGUGUGCGUAAAAUGCAGAGCUAAGUGUUUGAUUUAUAAAAGUUUGAUUUGUCGCGUACGCGAUUGUAUUGGAAUCAAUGAACCUCCAAGAGCUAAAAGCCGAUAUAUUUUAAAUCUGUA